CACUCAGUCAGCAGCCACUGACAUAUCGAAAGCCUCAACAUCGACCGUUCUCUAUAAAACAAUCUCAAAUUCUGAAGUGGCUACACCUUGGCAUUUAACAACUGCCCAGAUCCAACCUCAAACAAGUAUCCCCAAAACUGGUAAAAUGAAGGAGGCAAUCGUCCAUCCAACCCCUGAACUCCACACCACGAUCCACGAGGUCCCAAUCCCAGAACCAGGGCCCGAUGAACUGGUCAUCCAGGUAAUUGUCGCAGGAUCGAAUCCGAAAGAUUGGGAUCACCUCACAUCGAUAAAUAAAUCCCUCAACAGCGGAGAUGAUAUCGCCGGGAUUGUUCGAUCGUUUGGCUCAAACGUCGUCAAGACACAGGAGUUCAGAAUUGGAGAUCGAGUUGCAGCCUUUCAUCCUAUGAUGGCGCCACAUGGCGCGUUUGCUGAGUAUGCUGUUGCACCCCAGCAUACGGUGUUCAAGGUUCCAGAUGGGAUUAGUUUUGAAGAAGCAGCAACAAUCCCCUUAGUUACGACGACAGCAGCGAUCUCCCUUUUCCGCCGCCAAUACCUGCCAGCUCCAUGGUCCCCCCGCUCGUCCACUGCUCUACCUAUUCCAUUAAUCAUCUACGGCGCCUCUUCCUCCCUCGGAACUUUCGCUAUCAAGCUCGCCCGUGCCUCAAAUAUCCACCCUAUCAUAGCAAUCUCUGGGUCCAGCAGCUCGCAUCUGACCCCGCUUCUUGACGAAUCCAAAGGCGAUGUAUUGAUCGAUUACCGUAUCGGGGUAGAAGAGAUGAAAAAGGCUGUCAAAGAAAAGAUUAACGGGCUAGAAGCCCACCAUGCUCUAGAUGCGAUCUCAAGCAAGGGGACAUGGAUCCCUGUUUCUCAAAUGCUCAGCCCGUCAACUGAAAAAGAAACCAGUUAUCUGAGCGUUGUAUCGGGUGCGAACAAGUAUGAGGAGGAGGCGAUUGGAGAGGGAGUUGAAGUGGUAUACACUUAUUGUGGGAGUGUGCAUUCUGGCUCUUAUCGACCUGGGAUGCCGAAGCAGGGAAAUGUUAAGGAAGUGAGGAAUGAUCCCGAGUUCGGGUACUUGCUCUUUCGGUACCUGGCGCGGAUGCUGGCUGAUGGAAGGUUUAGCGGGCACCCCUUUGUAAUUGUCGGGGAUGGACUGGAAGGUGUAGGGAAAGGACUGAAUAUGCUGAAGGAAGGGAAGGCAAGGGGGAACAAGUUUGUGUUUAAGGUUGGAGAGGAGAGAUUUCCGUCAAACCUUUUUGCGUAGUAAGAGCCGCUACCAUCAGUCUGCGUACAACCUACUUCUAGAAAAUAGGGGAGGCUCUAGUACGUUCAUCCUUGGUUGCAAUUGAGAAUGCACCUGAAAUGCUUUCGAUUUAAACUCUCGGCCUUCGCUAGCAAUCUGACGAUUUCAGAACUCU